AUGUCUUCGGCAACUUUACAAAAUAAUAUCCAUGAUUAUAUAAUUAAACGUGACUCAUCACAUAGUUAUACCAUGUCCAUAAAGAAUUCAACUUCUUCAAACACUUUGAUAAAUUGUAAAUUAAAUUGUUUAUCCAAUCCAUCUUCACAAAAAGAGGUUAACGGUUCAUUAAUUUGGUGGCCUCCAACCUCUCAACUUGACUCACCUUUAAUAGUAUAUAUCAAAUGUGAUGGAAAUUAUACACAAAACAUUAUUUCUGCCCAAGGAAGGAAUACUACUGUUGCCAUAAUAUUAAAUUAUGACGGUAAACCUUGUCAAUUUACCUCAAAUGACAUUAUAAUCCCUUUAUUUAACGAAGUAAACAAUGACUGUCAUUCUAAUAAAACCAAUUCAAAUAUGUCCUUAUCUGAUCUCGAGGCAACUAUAAAGAUUGAUAAUCCUACACCAACAAAUAUAACUAAUACCUCUGAUAUGUCCCAAGGUUAUCAAACUGCUAUGAUCGUAUUAUAUACUGUAGCUGGUGUUGUUUUGGGUUUAUUUUUUAUGGUGGUCUUAGUAAACGUCAUAAGGAAUAGACUUAGGCUUCCUAUUGAUGGUCAAGAUCAAGAUGAUAAUAAUCAAAAACAUGGCAUAACUAAAGCCGUGUUGGAAAGUUUUCCUGUUUAUUUAUUUCCUUUACAAAAAAAUACUGAUUCUAAAAACUCUGAAAACACUAAAAAAGAAAAUUGUGUUGAUUCAAAUUUGGAUUCGGAAAUAUCUAAACCUGUUCCUAACAAAGCUAAUGUAAAUAGAAACAGAAGAUUGUCUCCAAUAGUUGAAAAUCAUGAUGAUGAUAAUAUCAUCACUAUCCCUGACGUUAUUAUAAAUCAUGAUUUCUCUUUUGCCCCUGAAAUUUCUUCUCCCAUAACCGAUAAUCAAUUGACUUGUCCGAUUUGUUUGGGUGAAUUUGAAUCUGGUGAAGAAUUGAGAAUCUUACCAUGUCAUCAUCAAUAUCAUACUAUGUGCAUCGAUCCAUGGCUUCUUGAUAUUUCUUCGUUGUGUCCUAUGUGCAAAGCUGAUUAUACUUCUUGGAAGAGUAGUUCUAUAACAACUAUACAUGAAAUUGCUUCCAACUCAUCAACUUCAUUAGGUUCUAUUGGUGUUCUAAGCGAAAUAAUAGAUUCUGAUGUUACUACUACUCAAACUGAAGGGGAGCCUUCAACUCCAACUUUUCCUCAUUUCAGAUGGGCGAAAUAUCUAAAAGCUAUUCGUCGUGUUCGACGUGUUCCACGUAAUAGACAAUCACAAUCAAGACUUUCUGUUGGUGACAUAUUAUCUUCAACUCAGUCUGAUCAUAGUACUAGUCGUAGUAAUUUACCGACCGAUGACAGUGAAGAAUCUAGAGUAAGGCGUUGGACAUUUUCAGGUUAA